AGAUACCCGGGUCGGAGAUACACCUGCUGUACAAAUCGUCCCAAGCGUCCGGCUACCGGUCGAUCGUGCGCAUGCAGCUGACGCACGACCGCAUCCCGGACACGCUCACGCACGUGCACGUCGGCGUCCAGAUCGAGGGCUCGCUGCACGUGAAAACGUACGAGGCCGACCCGAACCUGCGGCACAUCUUCGCCUGGAACAAGCGGAACGUGUUCAAGCAGAAGGUGUACGGGAUCGCGAUAGCCCGCAUCUCGAUCGGGUACGAGCACGCGACCUGCCGCGGCAUCGUGUGGGAGACGCGCACGGUGAAGCUGCAGGGCUUCGACGUGGACAUCUCCGACAUCGGCGGCUGGGGGCUGGACAUACACCAUCACUACAACUUCCACGAGGGCAUCCUGCAGAAGGGCGACGGGGCGACGAUCCACCUGAAGGAGUUCCCGCGCAUCGUGCGGGGCGUGCUGGGCGACGGGCAGCAGCGCACGCUGAUGUGCCGUGACCACUGCAACGGGCUGUCGAAGAGCGGCCAGCUGCUGACGCCGGUCGCGCUAGCGUCCGGCCCGGACGGCAGCCUGUUCGUGGGCGACUUCAACCUGAUCCGGCGCAUCACGACCAACGGCAGCAUCUUCACGAUCCUGCAGCUCGACACGACGCGCGUCUCCUACCAGUACUAUCUGUCGGUGUCGCCCGCCGACGGCCAGCUGUACAUUUCCGACUCGGAGAAGCACAAGAUACUGAAGAUCGUGUCGCUGGAGAACGUGGAGGACCCGUCCUCGAACUACGACGUGAUCGUGGGCAGCGGCCAGCGGUGCAUCCCGGGCGACGAGCAGAACUGUGGCGACGGGGGGCCCGCCAUCGAGGCGCGCCUGUCCCAUCCGAAAGGGUUGGCGAUAGCGGCGGACCGCACGAUGUACAUUGCGGACGGGACGAACAUACGGGCGGUCGAUCCGAAGGGUACGAUCCACACGCUGAUCGGGCACCACGGUCACCAAAAUCGGUGGAGCCCGGUACCGUGCCGGGGGGCGGCCCGCGCGAUGCAGGUGCAGCUGCAGUGGCCAACGGCGCUCGCGCUGAACCCGCUCGACGGCUCGCUCUACUUCGUGGACGACCGGCUGGUGCUGAAGCUGACCUCCGACAUGAAGGUGAAGGUGAUCGCCGGCAUACCGCUGCACUGCAACGAGGACCAUCUGGCCGGCAUGAACCGGACGGCGCCGGCCGAGGAACCGCUCGGCACCGUGCUGGCGAUGGCGUUCGGCCCGAACGGCGACCUGUACGUGGCCGACACCAACUCGAAGCGCAUCAACACGAUCAAGGUGAUCGAGUCGUCCACCGGCUUCAUGAAGCAGUUUGCGGGCAAAAUCGACCACGGAAGCCAAGAGUGCGAUUGUCAGGGUAAAACGCUCAACUACUCGCGACGCAAGCCAGCGAACGGCACGAACGGCGGCCAGAGCCCCUCCAGCACGGACCGGGGAGCGGUCGGGCCGGACGGUAGCGGCGGUCCGUUCUGUGUGUGCCAGCACGCGAACGAUACGGCCAGCGGGCGGAAGGAGUACCCCGACACGGCGUCCGCGUUCGGUGCGGCCAGCAAUGGCGGUGCCGCCGGGGAAACGAUCCUGUCCUCCAACAUUCGCUUCCAGUCGAUCUCGGCCAUUGCGGUCGCCCAGGACGGUGUGAUUAAUGUGGCCGAUCAAGGCUCGCUGCGAAUCUUCGCCCUGGAGCACUAUCUGCCCCAGCACGACAGCAACGGCGAGUUCCAGAUACCGUACACGCCGCUGAACGAGCUGUACGUGUUCAACCGGUACGGGCAGCACAUCGCGACGCGCGACCUGUCCACCGGCAAGUCGCGCUACUCCUUCCUCUACUCGAAGAACACCAGCUUCGGCAAGCUGUCGACGGUGACGGACAGCUCCGGCAACAAGAUCCAGUUCCUGCGCGACUACAGCAACGUGGUCAGCUCGAUCGAGAACGGGCAGGACUACAAGACCGAGCUGAAGAUCUCGCCGAGCGGGCUGCUGACGAAGGUGAGCGCCCGGUCGGGCGGGGGCCGCAAGGUGGAGGUGCUGCUCGACUACGAGUCCAACAGUGGGCUGCUGAUCAGCCGCACCGAGGGCCAGGAAAGCUUCAUCUACCAGUACGACGACUUUGGCCGGUGCGUGAAGGUGAUUGCGCCGAGCGGCGAGAUCGUGCACGUGCACACGCUGUUCGACGACCGCUCGACCAAGCCGAAGCAGGAGGAUCUGCUCGUGUCGGUGCAGAGCAGCAUCCGGUCGGCGUUCGGGGCGCGCGGCGCCUCCAAGCCGACCGAGUACUCGAUUACCGGCGGCAUCCAGACGGUGUCGAUAGCGCGCGGCGGCAAGGAAACGGUCGGGCGCAUCGGCUCGAUCAACCAGACGGUGUCGCUGUCGCUGCCGGCCGGCAUACGGCUGGAGGCGUCCGCGGUCGCGACCCACCCGUGGCUGGAGCGGUUCCUGCCGACCGAGGCGGAGAUGCUGCCGAUGUGGUCCCACCAGUCGCUGCACGUGGGCGACCGGGCGGCGAACGACCUGUACUCCAGCUACGCCCUGUCCGCGAUGGGCUGCAAUGGGGGAGGGACCGAGCAGCAGCAGCAGCAGCAGCACCACGGCCGUGGAGCAGCAGCAGCAGCAGCCGCCUCCGCCAGCGGUGGCCCCAAGGGCGAGAAGAUGCUCUGCCGCGACAUCUUCGUGAACGAUGGCAAGAAGCUGCGCAUCGAGUACGAUCCGAUUGCGCAGCGGGAAAUUUUGCGCGACCGGGACAACGAGGUCAUACUGGUGGUGUCGUACGACCAGUCCGGCCUGCCGACGAUGUUUUCGCCCGGCGCGGGCGACGUCUACUACCCGCUCAACAUUACGUACGAUCGGUUCAACCGGAUCGAGGGCUGGCAGUGGGGCCCGUCCGAGCUGAAGUACAACUACGACCGGCAGGGCCGGCUGGCGGAGGUGAGCAGCCUGCAGGACGGCAUCGUCUCGUACAGCUACAACGAGGGCAACCUGCUCGAGAUGAUCUCGCUCGGCAGCCAGCGCAAGUACAAGCUGGUGUACGACCGGAACGGGGGCCUGCGGGAGAUAGUGCUGCCGAGCGGCACCAAGCACACGUUCAGCCUGCAGCCGUCGAUCGGCUUCCUGCGCUUCACGUACAACCCGCCGGGCAGCUCGCGCUCCUACCUACAGCACUACUCGCACAGCGGUGUGCUGCUGCAGACGGUGUUCCCGGGCGAUGGGGCCCGCAUCGUCUACCGGUACGACGACGAGGACCGCAUCUCGGAGAUCGUGCACGGGGACGGGCGGGACGAGUUCCUGUACCAGAGCGGGGCGCCCGCCUGCGAGCUGCCGAUGGCGAUCAUCCACACCGAGCGCGACCUGGAGUUCCGGUGGGACUUUGACUGUGUCGGCGAGCUGCUGCUCGAGGAGCGGAUCGACUUUUCCGCCCGCAGCGGCCUGUCGAACGUGAAGUUUAACUACGAGUACGACGACCACUUCCGGCUCGCCUCGAUCGGUGGCCGCAUCGGGGGACAGAAUCUGCCCCAGCAGUCGUUCGGGUACGACGAGCGGACGGGCCGGCUCGCCACGAUCGGCCAGUUCGAGGUGAUGCGGGGCGGCGACCGGCAGAUCAAUGCGACGACGGUCAGCGACCGGACCGGCACGUUCAUGCGCACGGUCAACGGGAGGUUUCUGCUGAUGCAGCUGACGCUCACCAUCCACCGGAUGGAGGUGUUCCGCAUGGAGUUUGCGCACGAUCUGCACGGCCGCAUCGUGCAGACGCGCACAUACACGCGCAACGUCGGCGUGAACACGUACACGAACGUGAAGAACUUUACGUGGGACUGCGACGGGCAGCUGGUCGGCGUGGAGGCCCAGGAACCGUGGGGCUUCCGGUACGACGACAACGGCAACAUGCUGUCGCUCACGUACCGCGGCAACACGAUCCCGAUGGAGUACAACGCGCAGGACCGGAUAGUGAAGUUCGGCGAGGGGCAGUACAAGUACGAGCCGCGCGGGCUGGUCGCGCAGAACGCGCGCGAGGAGCGCUUCCACUACAACGCGAAGGGGCUGCUGAUACGGGCGACCAAGCGGGGCCGGUUCGACAUACGCUACUUCUACGACCAUCUCAAUCGGCUGAUCACGCGCAAGGACAACUUUGGCAACGUGACGCAGUUCUUCUACACGAACCAGCGCCGGCACAGCGAGAUCAGCCACAUCUAUUCGCCGCGCGACGGCAAGCUGAUGUCGCUCACGUACGACGACCGCGGGUCGCUGAUCUACGCGCAGGUGUACCGGUACCGGUACUACAUCGCGACCGACCAGUGCGGCACGCCGGUCAUGAUCUUCAACCAGUACGGCGAGGGCAUCCGGGAGAUAAUGCGCUCCCCGUACGGCCACAUCGUGUACGACUCGAACCCGUACCUCUACAUGCCGAUCGACUUCUGUGGCGGUAUACUGGAUCAGGUCACCUCGCUCGUGCACAUGCCGGACGGGAAGGUGUACGACCCGCUGAUCGGGCAGUGGAUGACGCCGCACUGGGAGCACGUGGACCAGCGCAUCCGCAAGCCGACCAAGCUGCACCUGUACCGGUACAACGGGAACGAUCCGAUCAAUCCGCCCCGGCAGCUGCAGGACCACCCGCGCGACCAUCUCGACUGGCUGCAGCUGAUGGGGUACGAUCUGGACAACAUGAUACCGCAGGCGUCGAUCGCGAGCCGGUUCUACCAGCAGCGCAGCUGGCUGGAGAAUGCGCUCGCCUCGCCGAACGUGCUGCGCCGGCAGUACGAGGAGCGGGGCGGCUCGGGCGGCAUCAACAUCGGGUCCGGCUUCAUGGCCCACCUGAUGGAGCGGUCGGUGCGCACGCGCCAGGACCUGCUCCAGCUGCCGGACAGCUUCUUCGGCUCCAGCCUCAAGUCGGACCCGCUCGCGAUCGGGCCGUUCCGGCUCGGCUCCGGUUCGGAUCCACCGUUCGGGCACGGCAUCAUCGUGUCGCGCGUCGUCGCCGACGAGCCGGAGGGUGGCUACGCGAUCGUGUCGAGCGUGCCGGCCGCGAACCCGAUCUACCGGGACGUGUACACGUCCGUGUUUAACCGCACCCGGCUGCUGCCGUUCACGUUCGUCGUGCACAACUCGCUGCAGGACGCGUUCUUCUUCGUGAAGGAGGACUCGUGGCGGGCGGCCGAGGACCGGCAGCAGCUGAAGCGGCUGCAGGGCCAGGUCAACACCACCUUCCACGAUCCGGUGUCGGCGGGCGGGCCGGGCGGCCCCGGCGGUCCCGGCGCGGACCGGUCGCCCGGCGGUGGGGCGAAACCGUCCGCCCACCAGGACGUGAAGAUACACACGACGAACGCGAUCAUCAACCUGAAGUACGGCACGACGUCGGCGAAGGAGCGCCAGCGGCUGAUGCAUCACGCGAAGCUGCAGGCGGUGCGGAAGGCGUGGCACCGGGAGAAGGAGCUGCUGCGCAGCGGGCUCAUCUCGAGCUACGAGUGGAACGCGCAGGAGAUGGAGGAGAUCAUCAAGAACGGGUACGCGAACCUGUACGAGGGCGAGUACGUGCACGACAUCGACCGCUAUCCGGAGCUGCUCGAGGACCCGUUCAACGUGCGCUUCACCAAGAAGAAGGUGAACCAGUCGCGCAAGCGCAAGCGAAGAGACGCCACCGACGAUGACGGUCCCGCUGGCGAGGUUUAGGUCGGCAGGACAUUUGGGCCAACAACCUGCAGCAACCCUCUGUAUCUCUGUGUGUGUGUGUGGGUGGAUGUGCGUGUCCUGUGUGUCUGUUCACUGUCUAGUUGCGUAAUAAUGGCUGCAAGUGGAAGAGAGGCAAAUCCCCAAAACGGAGAUGCGUGUGUAUGUGUAUGUGUGUAGUAAUGUGGCUCGAAUGACAAAUCCUCGCUAUCACUCGCUGUCUCUCUGUCUCUCUCUCUGUCUCUCCCUCUGUCUCUCUUUGGGGAGAACUCCGUCCGAUUUUCUGUUGUUCUGUUUUCCAUUAACCGUUUCCCGCCCCAAGUGGUUGUCUCUAACCUAGGGCCUCAGCGUCAUCACACACUCUAAACACUCACACACACACACACACAGCAUAGAGAGGUGAAUGUAACAUGCCGCCCAUCACAGUACAGCUUUCGGCUGUUUUUAGUCGCAGACGCUAGGGGUUUUUUUAGGGUUAUAAUUUUGUUUUGUUGAGCGCCUACACCAGGAAGCGCUUGAACGAGGCGCACAACGGGUACGCACAAAAAGAAAGGGGACAACGUUCACGCCUCACACACUGACACACACACACACACGAAAGAUAGGCUGUUAGGCUUACACACGUGGUUUUAGGCACCCAUUCCCUCCCUCAUCGGCUUUAAGCACAAUGUUUAGUGUGUUUUGUAAUUUAUUUUGCAUAUUAAGUGUCCAACCUUCUCCGCCAAACCUAAACCACCGCACAAAGCGCCGCCAUCCAGCUCCUUCCCCUUUUGUGUAAGGCUGCUUCGCUUCCGGUUUAGUUUGUAAGCUGCAUGUCUGUCGCUUAGCUCUUCCGGUCUGCUGAGAAGAGAGAGAGAGAGAGAGAGAGAGAGAGAGAGAGAGAGAGAAAGAAGACGAGCCUAGGUAUUAUAUAACGCAUCCCCCCCCAUCCCCCCAACACACCCUAUCGACUUGCAUCAAGUCCCGACACAGGGGCCCCUUUCCCUUUUAAGCUUGCCGGCGAAAAUUAACAGAAGGUUGACAAACACGUGUAAUACUGCUAAUUGUAAGCUCAAUCAAACGCUGAACGACUCAACAGCCAUUUUUGUUGCGAUACAACAACAUCGUCCUACCUGAUCUCUUAUACGCACCUUGGGAAGAAUGCAAAAACACGACGAUUUUGUGUUGCCCUGUUUUUCGAGCAGGUACUCGAAUCUAAUUCUAGCUUUCUAGGCAGAAUUAAUCUAGACUGAAAAGGCUAGUUUUGUGUGUGUGUGUGGUUUUGUAUUGGAGUGUUGACAUGGUUUCAGCCUCCUGAACUGUCAAACUCCACAUACAAAAUAAAACAAGCUGCCUAGAAUCGUGAAGCGGGCUCCAAUGUUAGAUUUACGUUUAUAUUAUGUUUAUUUUUUUAAUUCUAUUUGAAUCUUUCUUUACCUUGUGCUAGAUUAGUUGUUAGUGAAUAGUUUGCGCAUUAAGUGUAGAUGAUGUAUUUAUGUAGCGCACGGUCGUCGCAGUAGUCCAAACGCGCCUGAUUGUCCUCCCCCCCCCCCUCCGCCCCACUCAGUGCAUUUGGGGGAAAGCAUCGCAAAAUUCUUCCUUGCGAUGUUUGGUUUGGAUUGGAUUGGUUUUUUUUCUCUCUCUCUCUCUCUCUCUCUCUCUUUCUCUCUCUUGUUGUUGUUGUGAGACCAAAAGGGGAGCACACCACACAGCACAGCCCAGCACCAGAGAGAACGAGCGGGGCCGAACCCGCGCCCGGAACCCUUCGAUAGCUACAAAAUACUCAUUAUUAGACCGAACCCCCAGGGCGAGGACACGGUCGGUUGGCGAUUCCACUUCGAUGCGGGGUGCAACGCCAAAACCACAGGCGCCAAAUACCUAUGAAUGUGUGCUGUAAGGAUAUGUGUAUGUGUGUGUGCGUGUGUGUUUGUGUACUGAUGGAAGCGUGUUGUAAAAAGAGAAAAAGAAGGAGAGAGAGAGAGAGAGCAAGAGAAUAAAUUGUUAACACAGAAAAAAAAACCAAGGAACUGAGGUAAUAAUUUGCAAGCAAGUAAUAAAAAAACGGCCGCAUUAGAGAGAGAGAGCGAACAGCGGUAGUAAUAGUAGUAGCGAGCGGGUGGUUGGCAGGCUAAAAACAUGGCAUAAAGUUACAAGGAUGUGUAGAAUUUAAUGAACAAAAACAAAAAAACACAAAACAAACAAAAAAAAACAAAAUACAACUAGCAGUUUGCAAACAGGAACAAAAAAGAGAGGAAAAAGUAAGGAAAACAGAAACACUCUACUGGAAACUAAGCAAAACACACAGCAAAACACAAAAAAAAAACAAAAAAAAAACAACGGUAUUAGAAAAUAGGAUGUUUAUACCCUAUUCAACAGUGUAAAACGAAUAUGAAGCAGCAGCAGCAGAAGAAGAGGAAAAAAAACAAUGGAAAAGAUAUGGUGAUUCGAGCUUUUAAGACUGUCGUCAAAACAUUUUAGGAAUGGAAGGUAAUAGAUGAAAGUAUAUAUAAAACUAAAGAUACUAUAGAAUUUGCAAGCAAGAGAGAAAGAAAGAGAGAGUGCGAAAGAAAGAGAAGAGAAAAAAAUAUGUGUACUACUUCCUCCUUUUACUACUACCCUCGAAUGGAAGGAACAGGAAAAAGGUGACAAAACAAAAAUGUUGAAAAGUAGACAUUUCGAUCGUGAAGAAGGAGAGAAAGGGAGAAAUUAAAUUAAAAGAAAAAACACACACACACGCCAAGCGAAUACGUAGCCAUGGGGGAGGGGGGGGGGAGAUCACAGAUCCCCCCGCCCCCUACUUUGCGUCACACACGAACAUGAUUGUAUUCCUGAUUUCGCUUACUUUAGGAACGAAGAAACUCUCCGCUGGUGGUCGGUCCCGCAGGCGCCCUAGUGAACAGACAAACUAACAAAAAACCCGUUCGGUACGAGUAAGCGAAGCAAAGCUACCGUAGAAAAAAAAGACACAUACACACACACGGAAACAAAUAAUUGGUAAAAUGGGAUCCAAACAAACAAGUAUAUAUAUAUAUAAAUAUGUAUUGUAUGACGAUAAAAAAAACGGUCUGUGCCACCCUCCCCACCCCUCCAACCGGGUGUGUCCCGAUGGUUUGCGACGGCCCCCUUUGCGUUGUUUUUGGUUUUCUUCUUGUCUCGUUUUCGAACGAUAAAGAGACCGCCAGCAGUGGAAAUUGUUUGGGAGCGCGCUCGCUACAGCACCACCACAGACCCAUCCACUCGCUACUCUUUACAUGUAUUAUCGAACUGUAAAGUAAUGCAACCCGCGUGUGUGAGUGGGUGUGUGUGGGGUUGGACGAUUGCAUUUUCUGCACAGGCACGAGGGAAUGGGGGGGGGGUGUGGGGCAUUUAAUGUUUUUGCCUUUCGAAGGAGGGCAAAGCCAAACGGGCGAAUUUAAACCUUUCGGUCUGAUUGAGUGGGGAGAAGG